AUGAUAUAAUUUAUAUGCCUAAUUAUAUCUUUAGUAUCUGCAAGAAAUCCAUUUAUUACAGCAUUUGUAAACUCAAUCAAAACAACUUGGACAGUAUAUAAUUCUUCUAUUUAUUUAGGCUGUUAAUUAUGAAAGAUGGAAUGAUAAAUCAGAAGAAUUUUACUCUAAAUUUUUCAAUGUUAUAGUAGAUCAUAGUGAUCCAAUUCAAUAUAAAUAUUAUGAAAAUUUAGAAGCUUUACCAUCAAGCUUUUCAGCCUAUGAAAAAUGGCCUGGUUGUACAUCCAUUAAACUAAUUCAUGAUCAAGGGAACUGUGGUUCUUGUUGGGCAGUAUCAGCUGUUUCUACAAUGACUGAUCGUCUUUGCAUUGCCUCUGGUUAAACAGAUAAGAGACAAAUUUCUGCUGAAGAUCUUUUAAGUUGUUGUGGUAUUAAUUGUGGAGAUGGUUGUGAUGGGGGUUAUCCAAUGGGAGCUUGGAAGUAUUUUAAAAUAGAAGGUAUAGUAACAGGAGGUAUAUAUAAUGAUUUUACUUUUUGUAAAUCAUAUUCGUUUCCUCCUUGUAGUCAUGGAAAUAAUUCAGGAAAAUACUCUAAAUGUGAUGAAGACAUUUUCAUGUUAUCUAAUACACCUUUGUGCACAAGAAAAUGUCAUUCUUAAUCUUAUAGAACUUAUGAAGUUGAUAAAAUCAAAUCAAGAGAUAAUCCAUAUUAACUUAUAAGAGAUUAAGAACAAAUCAAAAAUGAAAUCUAUUUGAAUGGACCUGUAUAAGCAGUCUUUUCAGUUUAUGAUGAUUUCUUAAGUUAUAAAUCUGGUGUAUAUUAAUAUACAACUGGAUCAUUAAGAGGAAGACAUGCAGUUAAAAUAAUUGGUUGGGGAACAGAAAAUGGAAUACCUUAUUGGGAAGUAGUAAAUUCAUGGAAUGAUGGUUGGGGUAUCAAUGGAAAGUUUAAAAUUUUAAGAGGAUCUAAUCAUUUAGGUAUUGAAGAAAAUGUGAUUGCAUCAAUUAUUUGA